CCGUGGUUUGGCAACACAACCAGCACAGCAUUUCUUUUCUCAUCGCUUGAAAAAAAAACCCAACAGAGAAAAAAUACCUUGAGAAUAAAGGUAAUGAUUAAUCCACCGGGCACAAAAAGGAUCGUUUUGGGGAUUUCAGGUUCUCACUCGAUAAUUCAAAUAAACAGCAGUGAACAGGGAAUGACAAUUUCACCAGAAGAGGAUUAAGUCACAGGCUCUAAUUGCAUCUGCACAGAGAAUCUCACCAGACAUCUCCAGGAACCUCUGUGCAGUUGUCAAAACUUCCAUCUUCAUUUGCGAGUGAAGUAGGGACCAGAGGAAGCAGGUAUUGGUGGAAAGAGUGGUCCUUGAAGAAGCCCCAAGAUGCAGCCUGAGAAGGGACAAAAUGCGAAAAGCUUCAAGCAGAGACUGGUUUUGAAGAGCAGCUUAGCUAAAGAAACACUCUCCGAGUUCUUGGGCACGUUUAUAAUGAUUGUCCUUGGAUGUGGCUCUGUUGCCCAAGCUAUCCUCAGUCGAGGACAUUUUGGAGGAAUUGUCACUAUCAAUGUUGGAUUUGCAACGGCCGUUGCAAUGGCCAUUUAUGUGACUGGAGGUGUCUCUGGUGGCCACAUCAACCCGGCCGUGACUUUUGCAAUGUGUCUUUUUGGACGGAUGAAAUGGUUCAAAUUGCCUUUUUACAUGGGAGCCCAGUUCUUGGGGGCCUUUGCGGGGGCCGCAACCCUCUUUGGCAUUUACUAUGAUGGACUCAUGUCCUUUGCUGGUGGAAAACUGCUCAUCGUGGGAGAAAAUGCAACAGCACACAUUUUUGCAACGUACCCAGCUCCAUAUUUGUCUCUGGCGAAUGCAUUUGCAGACCAAGUAGUGGCCACCAUGUUCCUCCUCAUGAUUGUCUUUGCCAUUUUUGACUCCAGAAACUUGGGAGUCCCCAGAGGCCUAGAGCCCAUUGUCAUCGGCCUCCUGAUUAUUGUCAUAUCUUGCUCUUUGGGACUGAACAGUGGCUGUGCCAUGAACCCAGCUCGAGACCUGGGUCCCAGAUUUUUCACUGCUUUGGCAGGAUGGGGGUUUGAGGUCUUCACGGCUGGAAAUUACUUCUGGUGGAUUCCUGUAGUGGGCCCUCUGGUUGGUGCCUCCAUUGGGGGCCUCAUCUAUGUUCUUGUCAUUGAAAUCCACCACCCAGACCCUGACUCAGACUUCGAGGCAGAACAAUCUGAGGGCAGACCAGAGAAAUAUGAACUUAAUGUGAUAAUGUAGGAGUGUGCUCUGUUCUGGGUUUGCAACUGGCUGAGCAGGUGUUCUCUUCAGGAAGAUGGCAUCCAGGUGUCUGUGUUUUCAUAAGACUGGGGUGGAUUUGCCCAAUUUUCUCUGCUAACCAUGUGGGACACCUAUUUGGAAAAGCAUCUGAGUGAAGAUUUGAAAACACUGACCUCUUCUCUACCAGCGUCCCCCAGAAUAGUACUGACUGCCUGUCCCCUGAAACAACCUUCUCUCCUGCCCUGUUUAUUUCAUCCUUUGAUGGGAGUCCUUAUUACUAAGCGAGCACUAAUAACUUGGAACCUUGACCAUGGACUUAUUUGGAUGGUCUCAGCUGCAUUACCUGUAUGAAACAACAUCACCAAAAGCCUUUUAUUCAACACCCACAAAGAUUACAUUCUAUCAACCAAAACUAAACUAAAAGACAAAACAGUGAUUUCAGUUACAUAUCCACGAAUAGGGACAUAGUGGGUUAGCUCUCUAGUUAUGUUGUGCCUCUGUAUUUGCAUAAAUAUUGAUAUUCUACAGACCUAGGGAUGGAAAAAGCAGUAGAAUGCAGCUCAGGAGGAGGACACUGUGGCACUCAGAAACCCCAGGAGACAAGAUAAAUUUCGGAAACCAAAUGGAAUUUUUUUUAAUGGAAACCAUUUAUCAGACUAAUCUCUUGCUCUUUGCACUUUAGAGGGCAUCAAUGAAUUUCUUGGUCUUUAGUAUAUAAUAACCUAAAAUGUAAUCAUAACCUCCGUCAUGAAAAAUACAUCACUCUGUAUUUUUAGCUCAAAUGUAUUUUCCUAAUUGCCCACUUGAGCACAGACUUUUCACAACUUAAGUCAACGGCUACACUCAUCCAUUAUUCUAUACACCUCCUAGAAGCCAAAACUGAAAGCCACUGGCUCCUGGACUAGUGUAAUCUUCAGGAUAGAAAGUCCCUGGAAAGAUAAUAUACCUGUUGGGCUUUAUAAUCCACAAUGCACUUUCACACGCAUUAUCUAACUUAAUCCUCAUAGUGACUGUGUGAGGUCAAUACCAUGCUGCCCAUUUUUCAGAUAAAAACACCAAAAUCUCAGGGAAGUUAAGUGAGUGGCCUAAGGUCACAUGGAAAGUUGAACAUCGUCUAAUGCAUCCUACACCUUCCAGAAGAUCAAUAACUGAUGAGAAUCUUGGCCAGCCCUUCCUGGCUGUCCAGACGAAGUGGGAUUGGCAGCUGCCAGAACAUACAUACCUUCUAAACCUAAUUCUCCUGGAUCCUAAGAUAUAAAGACCUUCACUGUCUGGAGUUACUCCUGCUGUUACUGAAGCGCUAACAAAGGAAAGAGGGAGUGAUUUGAUCAUAUUUUUCAUCUGCUGAAAAAUAUUACCACGAGGCCUCCCUUCCUAGCCCACCUUUGGUCUUGCCAAGCCUUGACCUCCCUUCCCUGCCAAUCCCAAACAUUCCAUUUGAGGACUUUCCUCUUGGCCAACCUCUUGCCUGUGAAGUUCUCUGAUGGAUAUCACUUUGGUCAAAAGCAUCUCUGUGAGCUACAAACACCAGAGGAACUCCUCUACAUCGAGUGAUGCACCUCCAGCCAAACUGUUACAAAGCCCAGCAUUCCCAGAGGCAUUCAGUUUCCCAACUGCUUUUUGAUGGUAACAGAACAGCAAAAAGCACAUAUGACAUGUUUCCAGUGGCUUAUGUUCUGUAAUCUACCAACAUAUGCAAUUUUUUUCUUGCUCUGAAACUACCUGGAUAUUUCCUAUUUACAAUAAAAUUGGGUUUUUUUUUUAAAGUUUGUAUAAAUACUAAGACUGCUAAGAACACUUAGUUCAGAGGUUGUCUAUCCUGUCUACAAACUGAGAUCUCCAGGGGAGGUUUUAAAAAAUACUCACCCCCAGUUGGUCAUUUGUAGCUAUCUCAGUGAGUCUAAUGUGUAGCCGGGGUUGAGAACAUUGACUUGGUUAAAUUGCUUGGGUCUAAGGUUUCUUUGAGAACUACUUCUUGCGGUGGCCAGAUAAUUCCUGAUGGGAUUCUCAUCUUGAGAAUCCUCACAGAUUAGAGACCAGUGGUUCUCAAAAGUGGGCAGAUUUGUUCCCUUCCCACUUCCACCCACUCCCCUUGCAAGGGGACAUUUGGCAAUGUCUGGAGACAUUUUUGGCUGUCACAACUCGGGGGGGAGUGUUACCAGCAUCUAGUGGGUAGAAGUCUGGGAUGCUGCUAAACAUCCUACAAUUCACAAGACAGCUCCCCAGAAACAUAGAAUUAUUCAGCAUAAAAUGUCAAUAACGCAGAGGCUGAGAGACCCUAGGAUCGAGAAAAGGUGAGGAGAGGAGUAAGAGAAGAUGUUGAAAUCCAGUGCCCUGAUUCAAGUUCUGCCAACAACAGAGAUGCCAAACAAGUCGGGAACAGACCCUGGGGGUGGCUUAUAAUUAUCAGAGGUAGAGGCAACCCCAAAUUUGAGUUUUCACAUUGGUUCAAGUCUAUGAUCCAUGCAGGUGCUCAUUAAACACUAUUUGGUGAUUAAUGACUAGGAUUAGGAAGAGGAAAUGUACAUUUAAGGAAAUCAACCCCAGGAAGGUUUUUUAAAUUGGAAAAAAAAAGUCCUCUUGUUCCCGGUGCUCACGCUCAAGUCCUCCCCUCCCCCAGUUUGUCAGUGGGUUUGCUUGUGUCUGGUUCUUAUCAAAGGAAGUUCUGUCAGGCUGAAUGAUCUGUAUAAGAAGUCAGUUAGAGAGAGCCAACUCACCUAUUUGUUAAAUAGAUCCUUAGAAGCUAGACUUGCAACAUCCCCCCUCUCCUUUCUUCCUUGUCAAUCCUAAAACUUAGUAGAAGCUUUUAUUUUAAUGCCAAAAAUAGAAUUUCUCUGUGAUUCCCCAGCCAGUUGAGGUCUCAGAGCAGGUCAAAGGUUGUAGGACUCUUCUAAGCAGCAAGAGCCAGAGUAAAUAUUCAGCUACUGAACAGGAUAAAUGAGUAAAAAUUUCACAUUUAAAAAUCUGAUGCUGAAGACAUAAAUUAUUUUCUUUAAAUUGCUUACACACGUCUUUUUUAAAGUUAUGUUAGCACCUGAAAAUAUCGUCGUGGAAAAAGAAUUACAACUUCCAGUUAUACAGAAUGGUUUACAAGUUUUAUUUAGCCACAGAAGCUAUUGUUCAACUAAAAUCUUAUGUGGUACCCACAAGUAAACCAGGGCUGCUCUAAACAGAGGAAGGGUGGGGCAGGAAGGCAGUUUCAUCCCGCCUGUGAUGUCAUCUAACAACCCCCCCCCCCCCCCAAGCAGCCACUGAGGGGUCUCUGAAGAGAAAUGUGUGUGUGUGUGUGUGUGUGUGUGUGUAUCUGUGUGUGUGUGUGUCUGUUGAGAGGAUCCUCAGAACACAGUGUAAAAAACCAUUAGUAAAGGAUUUGGGACAAGUUGUUCAUGAACAUUUUUAUAAAAGUUUCGUGUAUAGAAACUUCCAAAGGCCAUGUUAGUUCAAUCUGAGGUAAUUUUCCAAAGACUUCUUAACAAAUGAACUAGACGGGUUAAACAGAAUUGCUCAACCCAGCAAACAUCCCCAAACCGAUGUUGUACAUCCAUUCUUAAAGUGGGAGUUUAAAUUCUCGAAGAUAACACGUUUACUAACCACACGGCAUGGAGAGAAGCAAUGGUAGUCCUGGUCAGGCUUCCUGGUUGACUCUCUAAAAAGAAAUAGGUAGAUAGCUGAUACAAACAUACACAGAUACUACACACAUACACAGAUACUAGAUAGGCAGAUAGAUAAGGUAGCUAGGUAGAUCGAUGGACUGAUUCACUACCUCCCAAGCUCUCUCUUGUGGCUGGAAACCAAGUAGCUCUUACCCAAAAGGAGCUGUCUCUAGACGAAUAAAAAGGAGGCCGCCAUAUAAACAGAACAUGAAUAAAUGAACUGAACUGGCUGAGAGAAGCCAUGGAACCGUGUGAGGACGGAGAUGCUGCCCGAGCCUGGUUUGACUCAUCUCCCUCCAGGGAUGCGUUAUGUCUUUUGUGGACUUGAAGCGCUUUUGCCUUCGUGCGCCCCUUCCGUCCCAGAAAACUUCUUGUAUAAAUGAUAUUUUAUGACUGCA